UGACAGGAGCGGCAGGAGUUGUCAGCGGAACUGCAGCGGCCAGCAUCAUCGGAGCCGAAUGGAGUAAUUGUAGCUAUUGUUCCACAGUGUCUGUUAUUAUUUAGAAACAGUGUUUGCAUCGUUGAAACAACGACACAAUGGCAGACGACCAGUCUUCUCAAUCUUGGUCAAUCGACAGGGAUGACUACGAACUCAAUGAGGUGAUAGGGAGUGGAGCCACUGCAGUUGUCCAGGCAGCAUACUGCAAGCCGAGAAAGGAGAAGGUGGCCAUUAAACGCAUCAACCUGGAAAAGUGUCAGACUAGCAUGGAUGAGCUCCUGAAAGAGAUCCAGGCUAUGAGCCAGUGCCACCAUCCUAACAUUGUGUCUUAUUACACGUCCUUUGUGGUGAAGGAUGAACUGUGGCUUGUGAUGAAGCUGCUCGGUGGUGGCUCAGUGUUGGACAUUAUCAAACAUAUCAUCUCUCGUGGAGAGCACAAGACUGGAGUAUUGGAUGAGGCCAGCAUUGCCACUAUCUUGAAAGAUGUAUUGGAGGGGCUGGAGUACCUUCACAAAAAUGGGCAAAUUCAUCGAGAUCUAAAGGCUGGGAAUAUUCUUCUUGGGGAAGAUGGCUCAGUGCAAAUUGCUGACUUUGGCGUCAGUGCCUUUCUAGCAACAGGAGGAGACAUGACUAGGAACAAAGUUCGGAAGACGUUUGUGGGGACGCCGUGCUGGAUGGCCCCAGAGGUCAUGGAGCAGGUCCGUGGCUACGACUUCAAAGCUGACAUCUGGAGUUUUGGGAUAACAGCCAUUGAACUGGCUACUGGGGCUGCACCAUAUCACAAAUACCCACCCAUGAAGGUGCUGAUGCUGACUUUGCAGAAUGACCCUCCCUGUCUGGAGACGGGCAUCACAGAUAAAGAAAUGGUGAAGAAGUACGGCAAGUCCUUCAGGAAGAUGAUCUCUCUGUGUUUACAGAAAGAUCCUGAAAAACGGCCAACUGCUGCUGAGUUGCUGAAGCACAAAUUCUUCACAAAAGCCAAGAACAACGAAUACUUGCAGGAGAGGCUUCUCCAGAAAGGCCCAACAAUAACGGACCGAUCAAAAAAGGUGCGCCGUGUGCCCGGCUCAAGUGGCCGUCUCCACAAGACGGAGGACGGCGGUUGGGAGUGGAGCGAUGAUGAACUGGAUGAGGAGAGUGAGGAGGGCAAAGCUGCUGUGGCAGGUCUGCGGUCACCCAGAGUGAAGGACGGGUCCCAGAAUAUGGAGCAUUUCCCACCAGCAGAUGGCUCUGCAGGACAUUUGCAACCACCUGGUGCCACAAAUCAGAGCCCUGCGAAUAUGGGCCAUGCAGGAGAGGAUGCUCCACCACAGGCUCCCACUCAAACGAGCCCUUCACAUGGACCCACUGCUCAGGAUCCAGCUGCAGCCAGUUCCAGUGUGCCCAUCAGCCUUGUUCUGAGACUGAGAAAUCACAAGAAGGAACUCAAUGACAUCCGAUUUGAGUUCAUGCCUGGUAGAGACUCUGCUGACGGAGUUUCUCAGGAGUUGGUCUCAGCAGGUCUGGUUGAUGGGAGAGACUUAGUCAUUGUUGCUGCCAAUUUGCAGAAGAUUGUUGAUGAUCCCCAUAGUAACAAAAACUUGACCUUUAAAUUGGCAUCUGGUGUGGAGGAGUCUGAAAUUCCUGAUGAUGUUAAGCUCAUUGGAUUCGCGCAGCUCAGCAUCAGUUAAGUAGAGCCAGCAACAAAGGACGGAAACUAAUGGUAUUGCACAGCUGCAUUAUAGUCAAUUCCAAGAAACCACUACUGCCAAAAAGUGGAGGACGAGGACAAGUAGGAGGAGAAAGCUGAUCAUGAUGAGACGUGAAGCUGGCAGGAGUGUUACACUAAAGCAGGAUGCAUGAGGACCACGUUGAGAAGAGGCUCAAUUCAUCACAGGAAUCACACUUGAAACGUUUACAGUGCGCUUAUAUAGUAAAUGGAAGAGAUGCAAUCAACUAUAUCAACUCCUAAUUUCUUUUUUUUUUUAAUCUUCCUCUUCAUACAUAAGCACAAUCCAUACCAUCUCCUGCCAGUACUGAAAAAGAUUGCCUUUUUUUUUUUUUUUUAUCAACUGUGCCAUCAGUGUCGUGCCACCUUUAUAUGGCACUUUAUACUACACUGAAAUUGAAAAAUGCAAAUUCAGUUUUAGUUUAUGAAACUACAGAUUUUGCCAGUGCGAGUGGGGAAAAAAAAUCAAGUCUGUGAUUAUUUGGUAUGUUUUAUUUACGUCUAUCUGAGAAAUCUAAGCAAAUCCCAUAAAACUGAUAUAGAUACCUCAUAAACACACUGUAGCAUAGUUUUAGUUUGAAUAAUUCUCUGAAUUCUGGUGGAUUUUUGCUUAAAUAUUAUCAUAUUGCUGUAUAAGGCAGCACAAGGCAGUGUGAUGAGUUCUCUCCUCCAUGGUAUCAGUGUGGGGUGGUAUUGUCAAAACAUAAGCAGAACGUUUCGAGUCUGACUGCACUCAUGAAAUCUUUUAAAAAAUUCACAUCUCAGCUGUAGCUGCUCUGUCCCGCAACUGCAGUUAUCAUACAAAACUAUAAGAUGGCAUUUUCCCAAGGUAUUAAAGACACAAUUGUUUUCAGAUUGAGACCUAUUUAAUAUUCUUGUACUAUGCAAUAGUAAUUUUCCUUUGAUCGCAUGUGAACAGCUGUUGCUAAUAAUAAUAUCUGGGUUGAAUAAAAGCCACUAGUGUUUGUAAAUCGCUAGGAGUUCAUGAGGAGUCAACCAGCAAAACAGGCAACUUUAAGAACCUGCAGUGAGAAUUUUCUUUCAUUUUCAUAAAUGUGUCAACAAGGUUAAAAACUUAAAACACCAACAGACAGACACGGGUAGUUACUGUUUCUAUGUUGCCUUGUUAAGAGGCCAUGUAGCCUGUUUAUUUACUGAUCAAACAGCUGGGAAGAAUCCUUGAUGCUGGUGAUGAUGGUUGAGCCUGAGGCAGCUUUUGUUACAGGCUGACUGUUAAUGAACUUAUGUGGUUGUGUGCAUGCCUAAGAACUGAAUGUUCUGUCAAAGGGUAAUAAAACUUUAAAGGGUGGAUCAUCCAAAUUCCAAGAAUAGAGUUUGUCAACUCUCAGUGGCAUUGAGCCAUGUAGACAGUUGGAUGUUGCUUGUCUUGAUCUGAGGUUUCUGCUUCCACCCAAGUGCAAUCAAAGUAAAUGGAAUUUAAGUUUAUAGCCAUGUUGGCGUCAUAGCUCGGGAUAGAAACAAUGGUUUAUCUGUUCAAAACUGUGGUCCCCUCUGAUACAACUCCAAACCCAUUGGAUGGAUUGUAAUGAAAUUUGCUAUGUUUAUUCAAGAUCACUAAAGGAUGGGUAGAGCAGUCAUGUCCCGCAGUCCACAUGCCGAAGUGUCCUUGGCAAGACACUGAACCCCCAAGUUGUCCCCGAUGGUUAGAGCCUUUGGUGUGAGUUGGCGCCGCAGAUGGCUGCCUCAGUUCUGUACCAGAAACAAAUUCCUUGUGUGUGUCACAUACUUGGCCAAAUAAAGUGUUUAUUAUUAUCUUGCUCAACCAUUAUGUCAAGAUUUUAGCUUGAUACUUGGACCAAAAGCCUGCAUAACAAAUGAAAUUCUCCUCAGCUGAACUGUCUGUUUAGUGCAAAUUUGCAAAUGGUAGCAUGCAAUCAAGCUAAACUAAGUUCGUGAAUAUCUGUGUGAGCAUGUUUGCAUGCUGAGGUUAGCAUUUAGCUCAAAGUGCUGCUGUGCUAUAGCAUGACCGCUAGCAUAGCUGUAGACUCUAGUUUUUUUUUGUUGGUGGUCACAUAAUUCAAAAUGACAUUUGAAAUAGUCCAUUAAUCUGGUCAUGGAUCCCGCUGUCCACAGUUUUCACUGCAACUGUGGAAUUAUUGAAAAAAAAUGUUUAGAAAAAAGUUCUAGAAGGCUUUAUGAAUGGUGAUCCCCUGACUUUACCUCUAGCAACCUCGAGGCUGCUUUUUAUAUCUUUGUGAAAUUUUUGAACUACUACUUGAUGGAUUAACAAGAAAUUUGGAGCAGUCACUCAUGUCCUGUCAGGUUGAAUUCUGAUAAUUCUGAGAAUGCCUUGCGUUAUUUAUUUAGUGACAAGAAUUAAAUUUAAGUUCCUACAAAACUAAUAACAUACUCAGCAGCUUCAACUGUACUUUUUUCAGUGAUUAGACUGGAUUAGCAAAUGUUAGCAUGUUAGCAUUCCGAUUAUGAACAUAGCCAUAGACUUAUGUUUUAGUGCCACAAACAAAAUUCCAUUCACUUUGUUUGCAUUGAACGACAGCAGGAACCUUAAGACAAAUCUGUCAAAGACUCACCAAACAGACCAAAUCUGUCUGCAUGGCUGGACAACAAUAGAAGUAACUUGUUCAUAUUUUGGGCAAAGUAAGCUUUUAAACAUCACCAGAAGCCAGUUAGUUUUUUUGUUACUUGGGAAGAUUUGACAGUACUGUAAUGUCUUUUGAGAUUUGAACAUUCACCAACAAAUCGGUGUCACCACUCCCAGUGCAUUUUUUGUGUACCAUUGUAAAUGGUGUAUGUAAAGAUGGCAACUCCAUGCACUGUCACAGAAUGUUCAUGAGGUUUGUAGGUUAUGAUAAAGCUUCAUCGACCAUUUUAAAUGUACAGAUCACAUAAAAGGAACAUUUUACUUGUAAAUAAUUCAUCAUGUUCUGUACUUGGUUUGGUUUGUAGUGUUUUACACUGUUGGCCUUUUCCAGAGCAUCAUUAAUCAUUCACAAUUUAUUUGUUCAGUUGGCACACCAGCUCACUGAUACAGUUUAAGUAUAUUUUUGGAUUUACUUGGGGCUUCUAUUCACACACUCUGCUUUGAUGUCAUGAUAUGCAGUUUUUCUCAAUGAAACCUGUUCAAUGCUCAAAGAUGUCAUUUCAACAGACAGAUGGCACAUGUUACACUCUUCUCCUUCCCUGUGUGUUCAGUAUGCUUGAUUUUUGGUGGUAAAAUGAUCAAAGACUUUGAGCUGAAAGUAAUAGAGAUUUUCUUAAUUUCUCUCCCUUUUAUUGUUUGCUCAUCAGAAAAGCCAUCAUUCUUCCACUAUGUGGUGGCAUUGAAUGAUUUGUAAUCGGAUGAUUGGCAAGUACGUUUUUCUUUCUCUUUUUUUUCUAGUUCCUUACAUAUAUUUUUGAAUGUGCUUAAUCAUAAAAUGUGUAUGUCCACAAAAGCAUAAUUUGAAGUGGAAUAUUUGUGAUAACAUACAGAAGAGAUUCCUUAACAAAUUAUACACAUUACAUUGUUGGAAGAUGUCAUCACAUGCAAGGUGAUUUUUAAGUAGCUGAAUAAAGUCAAUGAGUGGAAACAG